GUGCGGCGGUCUCACUCGCACGCACGCCUCGGUGGGGGACGACAUUGCGAAUUGUUAUUGAAGUCAUGCCCCCGAAGGCGACUUCGGGAAGGCUGUCAGUUGCUAGUAAACGUUCGCAGCGUCCAUACCCGGUUGACCCGCACCGCGUCCGCGCUCGCCGCCGCUCCGCAAACUAAAGCGCGCGCCCGCACUUCGGGUUUACAAACUAGUGACGAAUUGUUUCGCGCCGCCUGCUUCUGUGAGUUUAGUUUUGCAUCAAUUAUAAUAGACUUUCUGUGAAUCGAGUCGUGGACUGCAACGGACCUGUGAAAGCAGUGAAGCGUCAGUGCAGCGGUGUAUCGCGGUCAGGCUGCAGUUGUGGAUGGCCGCGGGGUCGGGAGCAGCCAGCGGCCCGCGCUAGUUACCGGGCGCGAGUGUUUACCGCGCGCACGUGGCCGCGCCGAACCAUUGCGCGCGGAAAUGCCGCGAAAAACUUUCUCGGGAAACACAGCAGUGGCAUAAGUUGGGUCGCGAGGGGAGACGCGCUCGCAGCGAUCAUGACUUUAACCUGUAGCGCCUGAUCGAGCACGGGCUACAUGUACGUCGAAACGAGAAGUGUCGUUUUUUUAUUAUUUUUUUUUCGUUGGAGGAGACGGUGUUCUCCACUGGACUGAUGAUAAAUGGCUAACAACAGCAACGCCGUGUCGUCGACCUUACCAUCGAGGGAAUAUCACUGUAAGGUUUGCGAUCUCUACUUAGACACUGUUGAUUCUUUGGAAGUACAUCUCCAAUAUCAUAAAGAAAAUUUAUACGUGAAGUGGGGCACGCAAAAUUCGCAAAAUGAUAGCGACAAUAAUAACGGAGCAAAAGUGACGACGACGACGACUGUGUCAGCACCUGCCGACUCGAGUGACAACAUGAUCACCAAGCCUAGCCCGGAGUUCCAGCAGCGGGCCACGCCGGAGACGUCGGGCCAGUUUCCGCACCCCGCUACCCCGCAGAGCUACCACAGUGCACCAUCACCAUAUCAAAAUUCCGAUCAAACCAACUUUUCGCCUGGCACACAGUUCGGUAACAACUACACUCAUUCUAAUUUUCCGCAAAAUCCCGAACAAAUAAAUUGGGAUCAAUCUCAAUACGGGCAAGAAUACAAGCACAGUCGUUUUCAUCCCUACAAAAUGCAAGACCGAUCACAAGUAUCUUCGUCAAGUCCAUUAUACGGACAGCCGCUCAACCAGCCGACACCUUCGCCAUCGCCAAACCAGUGUGAUAAAUGCGGUUUUGUGUGCGAUUCCGCCGUGCAACUAAAUGAGCACUGCAACUCGGCUCACGCCGGCACUAGCGCGGCGCCUACCUCGAGGUCUAUGCCGUUUCAACAAUUUCCCGGCAAACAGUACAACAACACAGGAUAUACAAAUGAUAGCAUAAAGGUAAAAGAGGAACACGAAGAAUCAUCAGAUAUUUUAGAUUUAGACUCACAAAAAGUUGUAUAUCAAGGGAAUGAAGGAGAUCCACAAAAUCCACCGUAUGAAGAAAACCCAACGCCGGGUCGCGAAGUUAACGCGCGUACUGUACCCAUGAUGCCUUGGGAAACACAAAAGUUGUACAGCAAUCCUCAAAUUAAUGGAGAUGUAUCUCUAUUCAAGGAUCAAAAGAUGUUUGCUGAACAAAAACCGUAUCAAUCAGAGGCGAAGAUGUUUCAUCCUGAGCAAAAAUUCGCUUACACUCAAGACAAAUUCCUCGGCGUACAUCAUGACCAGAAGCCAUUUAUGCACGUGGAGCAAAAAAUUUAUCCGGGUGUACAAAUGCCUCCCCUUACUGAUUACCAGGGAGCGGUAGCCUCUUCUAACCCGGAUAUGAAGCCGCCAUACAGACCAUACGAUUCACCCGCAGUUCCUCAGAUAAGCAGCACACAACCUGCUAAUUCGACGUCUUCAACGUUACCAAGUAUUGGGGGUAAAGGAGCGAAUUGGAAGUCAAAUGAAGCAAGAAGGCCGAAAACGUAUAACUGUACUGCUUGCAAUAAGUGGUUUACUAGCUCCGGUCAUCUUAAAAGGCAUUACAAUACAACCCUGCAUAAGAACGCAGUCAGGUCUUCUGGGCAGCCGGAUCCUGCUACAAUGCCUAUAUCUAGCCAUCAUCAUCCCAGUCGCGAAUCUUUACAAAAUCGCGCACAGCAGCAGACUGCGGACUCCAACACCCAGAGCCCCGUCCCAUCUGAAGACGGAAGAAGUGUCGACGAGUCCGGUCUUCAGUCACCGUACGCAACGCAAAACUUUGAGAGGUCGCAUCGCGUCGCAACUAUGCAGUCCAAGUCACCGUACACACAUCUUCAACAGGGUAAUUUAGAUAAUAAUUUCAGUAAUAAUCCCUUAGCUAAUCACCCUUUACAGCAUCAGGUCGGGUCACAUCCGCUUAAUAUAGGUAGUCAGCCGCCUGGUUUAGGGAUUUCGAAUGAUAGUAAUCACCAGGGGUCCAAAGGUAUAGUAUCCACCGCCGGCAAUCCCCCAAACGGGGAAGCAGGUCCCUCUGUUACACAAAACCACCAUAUGAGGGGCCUGCUAUCAGUGUCAACCAGCAAUAUUACAACUCCACCCCUAACGCAGAGUACCCCGGGUCUUACGGCGCACACACUGCCUCCGUUCAGUCAUUUGGGUGUCAACCCGUACAGUCCGAGGCCUACGGAUCCUUUGGGGCCUUCGGUGGCGGACCCCACGCACACCCCAUUAUAUUUGGGUCAGAAUUUUCAGCAGACUAUAGCACCGAGUUACCCAAACGGGAUGGCCCCCCACGUUAUGGAUAUGGCUAUCAACAAUCUGCCUAUAGCCAAUCCGGUUACUUUUGGUGAAUCUACACCUGAAGAAGCCGAGGUUAUGGAACAAGAAACGUCGAACCAGACUGCUAAAGGACGCUUGCUAAGUUUCGCACAGCUCCAAACGCAGAGCUUCAGCGUUUAUGUUUCUAACUAUAUCACACCGCCUAACGUGGGGGGUCAAGUAGUAGCCGACGAGUCGGCUGCCGGUUAUAUUAUUGUCGAUCCGGUACAUUCGCCGUUGCAGUACGACAACACUGACAUGUGCGGAUCGAACAUUGAGUACGAAUAUAGUUUGUCUCCCGGCAGCAUGAAAGACACCGCUGUCACUUACAGUCCUGAACAUGUAAAAGUAUAUCCGUACGGAUAUGCGGUUGGGGGAAAAACUAUAAAACGUGAGGACGAUGGUCUGCGAACGGACUCAAGCGAGCUUCAGAUUUUAGAAAUUGAGGAUAUAAUGGAUUACGCUAACAAAGAGAACUACGGUACUCAGAUGAAGUCUCCCGCCAGUCCGGAGAGUGCGAAAGCUGAGAACGAGAGCAAUGGUUCGCCAUCCGUUUCCUCGACCGUCCCAAGCACGCCGCUUACAGAGAGGAAUCAGCUUAAGAUGAAAGCAGCGUCGACGACGACGGUGCACAAGUGCUACGAGUGCGACAAGUUGUUCAACAAAGCGUGUUACCUUACGCAGCACAAUAAAACUUGCCACUCGGGUGCUAAACCGUUUAAAUGCGAUCGUUGCGGCAAACGUUUUUCCGACGAUGUGUCGUAUGAAGGGCACUGCAUCAAACACACAGACAAUAAGCCCUUCAAAUGCAGUGAAUGUCCUAAGUCAUUCAACCACAAGACGGACCUGCGCCGGCACAUGUGCCUUCACUCGGGCAGGAAACCGUUUGCAUGCGAUCACUGCGGGAAAGCGUUCAUAAGAAAGGAUCACAUGGUGAAACAUUUCGAUACACACAAGAAAAACUUGCGUGCAGCGUCGUCAACGUCGUCGGUGUCGUCGACGUCGUCGCGCUCAUCGAAGCCGUCGAUGUCGCCGACGUCGAGCACGCACGUGCCGGCCCAUCGCAUCGUACAUGACGCGGGGGCCAACAUGAGUCGCGUCCACAUAUCAUUCGAAACGAGAUGAACACAUUGCAAUAAACUUUCUUUGUUUACAUAGGUUUGUAGUUAAUGUUUAAUGUUACGCUCGAAACGUUUAAAUACGUGUAUGUUAGACUAGUUAGACGUCAAAGUAAAUGAACAUAAACGGGUUGUCGAAAUGUUUUCAGAUGGACGUGUUGUCAAAUCGGUAUCGUCUUGACCAUAAAGAUAGGUGUUAUUUUAUUGCACUAGAUAUUUCAACGAGCACAAUGUUGCUCAGUAAUUUUGUAACUUUGUUUUUGUUCAUAUACAAGUGUGUACAUUGGCGUGCAUUUAGUUUGGCAGCUCGUUUUUUGUUGUUCAUUCACGCUAACCUUGCGUUCGGCGCAAGGUGACUUUACAUGCCUGGGUGUCUGGGCGCUAAACAUAUAAUUACAUGACGUUAGUGUAAUUCUGCGAUAUCGUUUAGAUCGAACCAUAUCAUUUAACAUAUUGAAACAGAAGAGUUGUAAUAGUAAUUAGAGCGAGGGACGUCGAGUAACGGAUCGCGCGGGCAGUCGCGGCGCGCGUACAUAUCUCAUUUAUUGUAAAAUAUAUUAACCGUAGGAAGUUUUUAUUUUAGUGGAAAUUAUAUGUUCUUCGAGACAAUUGUUAACGUUAAACAACACAUGUGUGUGUUUUGACAAACAGUUUAGAGUAAUUUUUGUAAAUAUUGAAAGGGACUCGAUUGCCAGACGUUUAUUUUAUGUAGUUACUGCAGAGGAAAAUUUUAAUCUUUAUACCUAAUGGGAUAAUAAUGACUUUACGUAAACUGUCGGUACAAAUUAAAUUUUGACGCAAAUGAGAUAAGAUAUUGCCAAUAUAUAGGUUAGUGGUAGCUGAGAAAUCUUUGAUCGAUUUACAUAUACAAGCCUACUGGUGGUAGGUAGGACAGUUGUGAAGUUAGUUAAGGCCACCGGGCGUUGUGUAUACAAUACUGGAACCUUAUUCCUUUGUCUGGUUGUGUUCACUAUUGGCAGUUUGUUUUGUCCUUUUGGACGUUUUGUGUGCGCCGGCGUCGCCGCAGCCGAGCGGGCAACGGGCCAGCCGCCGGCGCGCCGCGCGGUGUUUCUGUUCCAAAUGUUAUAGCUGUUACAUAUCACUACUUAUAUUAACAUACUACUUUAUACACUAUACAUGUAUGUAUGUAACCCGGUGCUUCCUAUUUUUAUUUGUAUGUUAACAUUUGUUUAUUAUAAGCUAGUUGUCACUUUGUUUUCAAAUUCUGAAUUCUUCGAAGAAUUGUAACUAAUUUAUGUGCAUUUAAGUUACCAAUGUGUUAUUUGAGCGAAUUUAGUUUAUACAUUCCUGUUUCGUUAGUGGUAGGAAAGUAGUCUUCCUAAAACGUUGCCAAAUUUAUUCCGCCAACUGUCUGUUGCGAAACAAUUUAAUUAAAAAAAAUGAUUUUUUUAAUUAGCCUAAUGAUAAUGAAAUUCUCUAGCAAUAAUUUAAAAUAAUAAAUGUAAAUGUGUUUUUGUAUAGAAUUAAAGAAAUAUCAUGAUUGAUUUGUGUACUUAAAAGAUUUUAAGGGAAUCAAACAUUAUUUGUAUAUAAUUGUAUGAGGAUCAGUAAAUACAAAUUGUCGGAACAUAUCAAGACUGUCGGCGCGGUCGUCUGCGGAGUGGCGGGUGGCGGCGCUUGUUUCGACAUCUCCUAAUUAGCUGUCGAUAUACGACACGACUCGUCCUACUUGACUUGUCAAAUUGAUACUUGUAAAAUUCAUAAAGCAAUUUAAAUGAGCCUUGUUAGCCAACAUCGAAUACUUAGUACAGCCUCACAUUUGUGCAUGAGUAUCAUGACAAUGCGAGCGAUUGAUCAUGUCAGGAGAUUGUCCGAGUAGGAGAUGGCGCUGGUUCCUCUGGUUGUGAUCGGCGUGAGGUCGGCCGGCAGCGACCGCCCGCGCCUACCACGCGCCCCGCCGCUUUGCAGUCGAACGCGCCGAGCCCGUCUGUUCACCCCUACUGAUGAAUAUUCGCUUCACAUGGAACAAAAUGUGCAAUAUAAACAUUAUAAUCGAUUUAAUUUUUGAUAAUGUUUGUAUUUGAAUGUUGAUUAUAUUGCAGAAAUAUUUUUAUACACAUAGAAAUAACACAUGUGGUGUUGAUCUACCUCAUCAGCAGAUAUUUACACUGAUUAAAUAACAGAUUAUAACGUUAAUUAACUUUAUAAAGAGCAAUAACGUUACAUUUCGGAUCCACUUGGCCUACCUCGAGAUCUAAUGUUUUGCUAGAACUUAAAUAUUUUGGGCUGUCACCGGCCCACUGGUCCGAGAGUUUGUCAGCGGCCGUGGCCCGUGGGCCGGGGCCGCCUGCGACUGCCGGCGCUCGUUUGUUUGACUUGCCAAUAUAAAUAGAUGAGAACGAGCGCCGGCCGAAUAUAUUUACGCACACUUACUCCGAUAAAGUUAUUUGUAUAGGAUAACUAAAUAAUGUGUUAUAUUGUUGAUGAAUUGUAUUACGGACGUAUUAACUUCAUAGCAAUAAUGUCGCAGUGACAGAUUAUAUGGAACUUAACUACCUCAGGUAACGAGUAAUAGGGUUAAGAGUCGGUCGGCACGGGGGAAGGAACGCACCCGCAACAGAAUACCUCAACUUGCCUUCUACGAUUUUUAUUUUAAAGAGUUUUUGGAGUUAUAAGUGGUGCGCGGGGCGUGCGCACGCGCACCCCCUGCCCUCCCCCGCCCCCAUCGACUAAAUAUUUAGAAGGCACAUUUGUCUCCCGCAUACUGUUCAAAGCCCUCUCUAGUAGUAUGGUUAGAUGUAAUUACGUAUGUAAAUAUAUUAUUAUUAUAUCGAUAAAUUUGUUAUUUAUCAUAUUCUAUUAUCGUAACCAUUGAUGGACUUAUUUUUAAUAAGUUUUCCGUAGCGAUUCCCAGUUUAUAUACAAUAGAAUUUAAGUACGAUAAGAUUGUAAGUUUCUUUUGUGAUGAUUAUGUGUAUAAUUAAUUUAAUAAUCAGUUACCAGAUGAUUUCUGUUACAAUGAGUUGAGUAAAAUCGGAAAGUUAAUUAUGAUAAGAUGUUGUUUUCUUUACGAUUGUUCCCUCAAUCCUUCGGACAAGUGUCGGAGAUUGCAUGUGUUUAGCAAUGUUUCAUUGAGAAAUUCGUUUUAUUAUAAGCGUAGCGCAAAAUUAUGAGUAUCCGACUGAACUGGGUAGAGACGUCGACGCCGACGCUCCACGUUACCUCACUACAGCCGAGGGCGCUCGCAGCUGGCGUUUCUGCCCGGUCCUGUCUUAGAGAUAAGUCUUCAAUAUAGAUAACACUAGGAUAAGGCGACAGAUCUGUCACACUGCUAACAGGCGAACUAUUAUUUUGCUAUGCGUAUUUAUUUGUUCACAGCUGCGAGAUAUAUCUUCAGAUCGGAGACGUUUCGGAUAUCAAACACUGUAUUCUCGUAACGUGAACAAGUAAACAUUCAAAUGCGAAAUGUCAAUGUAAAGCCCUGCGAUUUUAUUGUGUCAUGAUUACAUUCGUUUAUUACAGAUUUAUACAGGUUGAUCACAACGUCAGCGGGUACGUUCCGAAUGUGGGUUCAUGCUACUUUAUCCUAUCUAGAUUUUCAAUUAUCACAGUCCUAGUUGGCUUACAUGUCCAAUAUUCAGAACGUACUCUAGUUUUCAUUAUACUUACGGUUUAUUGGUAGUAAAAGAGUUUUCAGAUCUGUGAGUUAAUAUAAAUUUAAUGUGAA